GCUGUUAGUUUGUGCAGUUCGUGUGUUUGGUUGGUCCUGGAGACAGUUGUUGAUUUUGACAAAAGGAACUGCUAAUCUUGGUUUUGCACACUGUGAAGUGUGAAGGAUUGUAGUAUGAAAAAACAUUUGCAUAUUGUCGGUUACAUUCAGGAAUGCUUCUUAUCUUUUUUUUCUUUUUCUUUGUCGUGCUUGCUUUGUUUGUGUCUCUGCUUGGUAACUACAGUGACUGCACUUGUUUUAGGUGAAAGAUUUGAUUAUGAAUCUACGAGAGUUCAAUUUUUCCAUGUAUUUUGUGGAAUAUGGACUGGUAGUUCGUCAUGAAGCAGAUAUUACAAGUUAUUUCACUGCCCAAAUCUAUAAAUAUUUACCUGUUCCUUUACUGGCAAUUCUAACUAUAAUUACAAGGUCUUCUUUUGGUAUUGCUACAACCAGGUACUUUAAUCACUAGUUGCCCCCAUCUCCCUCCCACCCCCCAAUCCCAAUCAAAAUCAAAAUCAAAAUAUUCCUUACCCAAGUGAGAGAGUUGCAUAGCCAGAUGACUGACUCUUAUUAGUUUGUGAUGGAGGCAUCGUCAAUUAAACCCUGAUCUUUCACUUAAUCGAAGGAAAAUUCGAUCUGUGAACAAAUGACACGUCUUGUCAUUUUGAAAAUCUCAUGGGACAUCCUAAAUAUAGCUGAAAGUAGGAAAAAGGAUUCUUUGCGUCAUUUAGGCUUGCAAGAAAUCGUGUCCAACAGCCAUCUAAAUAUAUGCCAGUCGUCAUUCUCUGCAAAACAAACUUAGCAAAAAUAACGUGGUGACAUUAUUAGAUAAAUCACAGCCUGAUAUCCUAUGCAAGUCUCACUUUAUAGAAAAAGUAAAGGAACUUUUCCCCUUAUUAUCUGUUAAAGACUAACGAAUUUCUAACUGAUGCAAAAUUGUUAUCUAGGCUUACUCUAUAUAAAGAGCAUAUUAACACAGGUUAUUCUCAGAUCAUAGUUCUAAUAAUCUUUUUACCUUAUAUUGAAUUCUUCAAAUUUCCCUUUUUUCAGUUUUGACAAAAAAAAUGGAGUUGGGGAAGAUUUUCUUAAUUUCUGUUUUGUUGCCUAUGGCAUUUGGGCUAGUUCAGAGCUUAGAGUUCACCGAAAAAGACAUAGCAUCUGAAGAGAGCUUAUGGGAUUUGUACCAGAGAUGGAGGAGCCAUCACACUGUUUCUCGAGACCUAAGCGAGAAACAAAAACGUUUCAAUGUAUUCAAGGCGAAUGUGAUGCAUGUUCACAAGGUGAACAAGAUGGACAGGCCUUAUAAAUUGAAACUCAACGAGUUUGCUGCUAUGACCAAUCAUGAAUUCAGAAAUUUUUACAGCUCUAAGGUAAAACACUUUAGAAUGCUCCAUGGUAGCCGGCCUACUACUGGAUUUAUGCACGACAAGGCUGAUAAUCUGCCAGCAUCCAUCGAUUGGAGAAAGCAAGGCGCUGUCACUGGUGUAAAGAAUCAAGGCAAAUGCGGUAGUUGUUGGGCAUUUUCUGCAGUUGUUGGGGUUGAGGGAAUAAACAAAAUCAAGACUGGCCAAUUAGUUUCCCUGUCUGAACAAGAGCUUGUUGAUUGUGAAAAGGAUAAUGAAGGAUGCAAUGGAGGACUAAUGGAAAAUGCCUAUGAAUUCAUCAAGAAAAAUGGAGGAAUAACAACUGAGGGGAUCUAUCCUUACAGAGCAAGAGACAGUCGCUGUGAUUCUUCAAAGAUGAAUUCCCCGGUGGUUAAUAUCGAUGGACACGAAAUGGUACCUACAAACGACGAGGAUGCUUUGAUGAAAGCUGUUGCCAACCAACCAGUAUCUGUUGCUAUUGAUGCUAGUGGUUCCGAUCUGCAGUUUUACUCUGAGGGAGUGUUCAAUGGAAAUUGUGGCACAGAGCUAGACCAUGGGGUAGCAGUUGUGGGCUAUGGAGCAACUCAUGAUGGAACAAAGUAUUGGAUAGUGAAGAACUCAUGGGGGACUGGAUGGGGAGAACAAGGUUAUUUUAGGAUGGAACGAGGCAUCGAUGCUGGAGAAGGACUGUGUGGCAUAGCCAUGGAAGCUUCAUAUCCACUCAAAUUAUCCUCGGACAAUCCAAAACCAGCCCCCUCUAAGGAUGAACUCUAGAUAUUGGUUCAUGUAUCUCUGCUUUAGAAUAUAGCAUGCUAUAGUAUUUAGAAAGAAAAUUAGGAGAGAAAAAAAGCAAGACAUAUAUGUAAUCUAUCAGUUCUUUUGUAUUGGAUUGCAUGAAUAAAAUGUUUCCUUCCAUGGGGUUGCAAAUGUUUGUAA